AUGUGGCCAUCACCUCCAAAUAUGAAUGGAGAAAGAAUGCCACUACCAAAUAAAUUAAUAGCAGUGUCAAUAGAUAAAGAUAGAGGAAGCCAAAGUGCUUUGAAAUGGACUGUUGAUCAUCUAUUAGCCAGAGGACAAACUGUUCUUUUGAUCCAUGUCAAACUUAAACAAUCUUCCAAUUCCUCUCAAUCCCCUUCUACAACUUGCAUGGACCUCGACUAUCCCAUGGAAUACCUGCUACCUCCUAUAGAUACAGAAACAAACCAGAAUUCUGAUGAAGGUGGGUCGGGAAAUAUUCAAUUGGAUCCAGAGACAAAGGAUUUGUUUCUUCCUUUUCGAGUAUUUUGUACACGGAAAGAUAUACAAUGUUAUGAUGUUGUGUUAGAUGACACGGAUGUAGCCAAGGCAGUCGUUGAAUAUGUGAAUCGAACAGGAGUAGAGGUAUUGAUUGUUGGUGCUUCAACGAGAAGCGGGCUUCUCAGAUUUAAAGCCAAAGACAUACCAGGAGGUAUGUUAAAAGGGGCUCCUGAUUUCUGUACUGUACAUGUCAUCUCCAAAUCUGGAAAGAUCUCAUCUACACGUGCUGCUUCUCGCUCCGCGCCUUUUGUCCAUCCACUACGUCACCAGUUGAUGCAGCCUGCUAGCACCAAAUUUGCUCCUUUUGAUACUUCAACACCUUCUUCUACUAAUUCAAGAAGUUCUUUUCCAGGAGGUCCGAAGCCUGUUUGUGAUCCUCCUCCUUCUACACUUCAAAGUGACACAAUGAGUAUCAAGUCUCCAUUCACUCAUAGGAAAGGCCCUAAUGGAAAGCCAUAUGAGAUAUCUUUGCCAGAUACUGACAUAUCAUAUGUCAGUUCUGGUAGGCCAAGCAUUGACAAUAUCUACUCUUCAUUAUCUGAUAGCUAUGAAAGUGGUGGACCGACCCCUCCUCGGCUUUCAGGCUUUUCAGAUUUUGAUACCCAAAGUUUUGACUCCACACAGUUUGGGCGGAGAUCCGUGGACACCCUGACUCCACCAGAGCUAUCAUUUGCAUCGUUGGAGGGUGAUAGAACGUCAGUCUCCCAAGGACCAGGAGAUGAUCUAGAAGCAGAAAUGAGAAGGCUAAAGCAGGAGCUUAAGCAAACAAUGGAAAUGUAUAGUACGGCUUGCAAGGAAGCGCUUACAGCAAAACAAAAGACAAUGGAACUCCAGCGCUGGAAAAUGGAAGAAAAGCAAAGAUUAGAAGAGGCACGUUUAGCCGAGGAAGCUGCACUAGCACUUGCGGAGAGGGAAAAGGCAAAGUCUAGAGCAGCCAUCGAGCAUGCAGAGGCAUCUCAGAGGCUUGCAGAACUAGAAGCUCAGAAGAGAAUCAGUGCGGAAAUGAAAGCUCUAAAAGAAGCAGAAGAGAAAAAUAAGAUACUAAAUAAACUUUCAAACUCUGAUGUCAGGUACAGGAAAUAUACAAUCGAGGAGAUCGAAUCUGCAACAGACUACUUUGCUCAAACUCGUAAAAUUGGAGAAGGAGGCUAUGGGCCAGUGUAUAAAUGCUACCUGGAUCACACGCCUGUUGCAGUUAAGGUCCUCCGUCCUGAUGCAACUCAUGGACGACAACAGUUUCAACAAGAGAUUGAAGUUUUGAGCUGCAUACGGCAUCCUAACAUGGUGCUUCUUCUAGGAGCCUGUCCGGAAUACGGAUGCUUAGUAUAUGAAUUUAUGUCUAACGGAAGCUUAGAUGACCGUUUAUUCCAUCGAGGAAAGACACCACCACUCUCUUGGCAGCAGAGGUUUCGGAUUGCUGCUGAAAUAGCUACUGGUCUGCUUUUCCUACACCAAAGCAAACCGGAGCCACUAGUUCAUCGUGAUCUAAAGCCUGGCAACAUUUUACUUGAUCGCAACUUUGUGAGUAAGAUAAGUGACGUUGGCUUAGCCCGACUAGUCCCUCCAUCAGUAGCAGACACUGUCACUCAAUAUAGAAUGACAUCAACUGCUGGAACAUUCUGCUAUAUCGAUCCUGAAUAUCAACAAACAGGCAUGCUUGGCGUAAAAUCUGAUGUAUACUCCCUAGGAAUCAUAUUCUUGCAGAUACUAACCGCCAGAUCGCCAAUGGGAUUGACUCACUAUGUUGAAAGAGCAAUUGAGAAAGGGACAUUCAACGAAAUGCUUGAUCCAGCUAUUCAUGAUUGGCCCCUCGAUGAGGCUAUGCGUCUUGCCAAUUUAUCGUUACAAUGUUCUGAGCUAAGACGAAAAGACAGACCGGAUCUUGGCAAAGUUGUUUUGCCAGAGCUAGAAAGAUUGAGAGCACUAGCUGAAGAAAAUACAUGUCCAUCACUUAUGUACAAUCUAAAUAUCUCACCAAAUCAUAGCCAAGUUUCCCUCUCCCGGGAUAACUUAAGUUACCCGAAUACAAUGCCAUCGAGCUACGAGAGCUCAAAAAGCCAAUAAAGUACAAGUUAUGUUGCUCAGACUCUUCAAAAAAAAGUCAACGGGUGCGUGUCAUAUUUUUGGAGAAUCUGAUACGGGUGUGCCAUCGAAAUUGAAGAGUCCUACGAGGACCUAACUGAUGAGAAUUUUGUUCUAAAGUUUUAAACUUGCAUUAUUCCUCUUUUGGUCCUAUUACUAUUUGUUAAGUAACAUUUUUCUUCCUCUUUACCAAUAUGUAAAUGCUUUUAUACAGCCCCUAUUUUUAGUUUGUACAGAUUUGGAGCAAAUAUAAGAAGAAAUUGUUUGUUUGUAAUUUUGUAUUCACGUUAUAUUU